AUGUUAGUAUAUCAAACUCUUUCUUUUGACGCUGAGGUGAUGAGGCCGCAGGAGUACCUUGGGGAUAAGCAAUCAGUAUGUGUAUUUGUGGGGGCGAUGGCGAGAGGCCACGACUCCUUUGCUGAUGAAUAUGUAGAUGACAAAAUAGCUAUAUCUAACUACCCGCUCUCCGCCUCCGUCGCCUGCUCCAAGUUCUGUCAUGGCGCUGAGGACGCAUGGGCCAUUAUAUAA